UGCUUGCAAAGUACAAAAAUAUGGACUUCGAUAAACAAAAGGAGCCACAAAGCCAAAACAUUCUUCAAAAUCGAACCAAUGAGCCAAGAACAGCAACAACCUCCGCCGUCACCUCCGUUGGAUUCUCAGCCAGAUCCUCCUCCUGCUCCGCCGCUUCCAUUCGAUCCCAGUCGAAUGAUCGGCAUCAUUAAGAGGAAGGCCUUAAUUAAAGAGUUAGCUGCCGUAUACCAUGCCGAAUGCCUAGCAAAAUGUCAAGAACUUCUGGAGCUUCAGAAAAAGUGGGAUGAGCCAUUUAUCGAUCUCAAAAUCCCCGACGAUUUGAGGAAAGAGAAAAUAAGGCCCUCAAAACGAGUAAAGAAGUCUCGCUAAGCAUAUGAUGAUCUGAUGAAUCCGGGAUUUUUUUUACUUUCCUGCAUCCACAGACGAAGCAUCUCUCGAAACAAGCAAGCGGAGGCCAAAAAAGGAAUCGAUCAGGAUUUCCUGUUUCCUAACAACAUAAGGGCAUUUUAACUUUAUUGUCUAAAACACAAUCACAUUUAUGAUGUUAGCACUUUGUAUCAUAGUCAAUCUAAUUAGGGUUAGUAACUAUCAUUGUGCUUGAUUGAGCAUCCUAUAGUGGCUGCAAGUCCCAAGGUUAUUGAUCUACAUUUGUUUCUACUCAUUUUCAUGUAAGGUGGUUUGGAUUUUGGUAUCCAUCCUUUUCUUUAAAAAUUUGUGCUUGAUAGAUAA